AUGUGGAUUCUUUGGGAUAACUCGUGGUCAGUGGGGAGAACAUCAUUUAAAGAUAAAGUCAAACCGUUUCUAAAAAGCCCCAUCAACAGCCCACAACUGAAUGUUUGUCCAGAGGGCACGCAUAUUGGUAUUUUGACUUUCAGUACACAGGCGCAGACCAAAGUGUUAUUGGAAUUUGAAGAAGUGCAAUCUCCGGUGGCCUUAAACAACCUCCUCGAUUCUCUAAAAUACCAUGACAUAUCUGGAGACGGUGCUCGAACUGGUAUGGCUUUGAAACUUAUUGAUGAGGUAAGAUUGUGA